CGUGAAACGCCGGAAGCGGAAUAAUCUAUUGGCAGCAGAGUGACGCACAUUGUGAGACAGGGGACAUGAGCAGCAGUUUUGUUUUCUCUGCCACCGGCUGUCAUGUCUAACGGAUAACAGGUUUACUAUAAGGGACAUUUUUUAAUUUCAAGGGAAGCCAGUAACCUUUCCACAUCAUUAGGGUCUAUGAUAGAUUAUAUAUACAGCACACGUACACCUAUUGAUGUAUGUUUUAUUGUACAUACAGAAUAUGUGCAAUAUAGUGGCAAGCAGCACAUGGGACGAGGUCAUACAUAUCUAGUACUCAAUUUUUAAUGUUAUAGGUGAGUGAUCAUUAACUUUAGUAGUAUUUUAAGCUUUGCCCUGUAAACACGUAUGUUUAACUUAGAUAAAUAAAGCCUAAUAUUGUUCACAGAGAUAUGCACCUCUGACUAGUUACUAAAACAAUCUACAUACAUAGUGUGUAACGUUGUUUGGUUGCCAUGGACCGAUCAUCAGUAGCAAAAAUGGGAGCUGUGGCCAGUGCCAGUAUGUGUGCUCUGGUUGGAGGAGUGGUGCUGGCUCAAUAUAUCUUCACUGUGAAGAAGAAAACUGGAAGAAAAACGAAAAUCAUAGAAAUGGUAAGUGGUUUUUGUUAGUUUAAAAAAAAAAAAAAUUAACAAAUCAGAAUAACUAGCUCUGAAGCUCACUUAAUAAUUAAUUCAACAUUUAUUUACAGGGUAUUUCAUACACUUACAUAAGUUUUUUUUUUUUUUUUUCAGGAGUUUGUAGUAUCAUUAUUUUUUUUUUAUAUUGUGCCAGGAUAUAUAUAUAUAUAUAUAUAUAUAUAUAUAUAUAUAUAAAACAAGAGGGGGUUGGCUGCACUCACCUUAACAUGCAUAAAUGGGGGUGCUGCUGGGGGGCAAAUAAUACAAUACACAAAAUCCAGCGCACUCACCUUUUUUUCCCCAAGUAGGUUAAUCUCAUAAGAGCAGACAUUAGGCUUUUAGUGUAGGACCUGCCAAAGAUGGGGUACAUUGACGUUGUGGCAGGCUUAUGCAAUGUAUGAUCAUAUAAUGUAACUAAACCCCCAUUAUUUUUGCCUAGAUUAGGUGUUUUUAAAAAAACAAAUAAAAUCUUUCAACAUUGAAGUUGCUGUUUAGUGGAUAGGUGAGUGCGCUGGAUUUUGUGUAUUUUAUUUAUAUAUAUAUAUAUAUAUAUAUAUGUAUUAGUACUUGUGUACCAUGUUGGGAAGGAUGAAUAAAACAUGAUACAUGCCAGGGUUAAUGAAAUAGUGGGAUUGAUUUGUUAUGUCUAUAACAGUAGUUCCCAAACUUUUUAAAUUCAAGGCGCCCUUAAUAUUUUUCUAGGGUACCCCAAGUCAAAAAAAAUUCUAGAUUGUAUACAUGUACAGCGCUGUGCCAUAUACUCGGCCCCUGUGCAGCAGAAAUGUUUCCCUGUCAGGGGCAGAUCCAGAACCUAGUCUCGGGAAUGGCACUGGUAGAUUAUUUAAAUACUUAAUAUUAAAAUUAAGAUUAUUAUUUAAAUAAUCUUAACAUUUAAGGUUAUUUAAAUAACCGCGUCAGCGCUCCAAGCUUGUGAGAGGAGAACCAGGCGGAACUGCAGAGCUCCUCCUGGUCUACUUUCCUUCCCCAUUCGGCUGCAGCACUUCAGUGCUAGAGGGCAGAUGAUGGAGAUUUAUGAUCUCCCCUUUGGUCCUACAGAGCCGGCAUGGGGGAGCGAGGCGAAGCACAAUUAUUUCUCAUAUGAUAAUAGCACCGGCGAAACAUUUUGGGGCACCCCUGUGUUCUCGUUGCGGUCCUAGUCACGCUUACUUGAAUGUAAAACGCAAAAUCUUCCUAAACACUUCCUGGCAGGUUAAAUUUCCUUUAUUGCACAGUCUGUUUUAUUUUACAAUUUGGUAUCUCUUGCACAGUUUAUAUCUUGCUAGAAACUUGCACAAGGUUCCUGUGUGUGAUUUGAAGUUCAAGUUAACAUCUGAUUUAAAAAAAAAAUAAUUAUUUUUUGCAGGCUGUGUCAGUCACAGCCAGGGGAGGUGUGGCUAGGGCUGCAUAGACAAACAAAAGUGAUUUAACUCUUAAAUUACACCUCUGGCAUACAUGACUUAAAUGAACAAUAUAGGGUCAGAAACAUCUGAGACAGUCACGAUGCUUUCACACAGGAAAGCAUUGAAUUGGCUGAACUUGUCAAGGAGGCAGAUUGGGGGCAGAGCCUAUUCAAAUAAAUGGUAAUUAAAAAUAAAAAGUUAGAUUAAGUUAACCAAGUAUAUAAACCAAUUCAUAAAAAGGGACAGCGUUCUUCAUGUAAAAACACAAAUGAGAAACCAACUUCAGCCUAGUCUGCUGAAAGUCCUUUCUGCUUACAAAAUAUGAAUAUGAGAGCACUUGCCUGACUAAGAAAGUGUGAAGCUACGGUGAACAAAAACAAUAAAUGUAUAUCAAAAAGGUACAACACACUCAACACUUUAAAGGGACUCUCCAGUGCCAGGAAAACAAUAAGUUUUCCUGGCACUGCAGGUCCCCUCUCACUCCCAAUCCCCGGUUGCUGAAGGGGUGAAAACCCCUUCAGUCACUUACUUGAGACCCCUGCCAAUGUCCCUUGGCGGUGGUUUUGGGUCGCCGCCGCUCCUCCUCUUAAUUACGUCGGCCGGUGGGCGAAACUGAUCCCGGCUGCGGAGAUCUCUAGCACAGAAAACCUGUGCUAUGAAGCAGGAAGUGCUCUCUAGUGGCUGUCUAGUAGGCAACCACUAGAGGUGGAGUUAACCCUGCAAUGUAAUUAUUGAUCUGGCCAAUCAGCAUCUCCUCAUAGAGAUGCAAAGAAUCAAUGCAUCUAUAUGAGGAAAGAUCAGUAUCUCCAUGCAGAGGGUGUUGACACUGAAUGUCCGUGCUGCCUCAGGAAGCACCUCUAGUAGCCAUCUGAGGAGUGGCCACUGGAGUAAUGCAAAACAAAAAACAGUUUACAGCAAAAAGACUGAAGGGACUGAUUCUACUCACCAGAACGAAUACAAUAAUCUUUAGUUUUUCGGGUGACUAUAGUGUACCUUUAAUUAACAAGUAACUCUAUUAGCAGUUCAACUGUUUGGCACAAAUGAAAUUCAUCUCCUCCCUGUCUUGUUACAUGAUAUGUUAUGCCUAUCCCUACACCAUUAUUUCCCCUCCCCUUGUCCACACGCUUGCCCACACUCCCUUCCUCUGCUUUGUCUUGGGGGCAGGAGAUGGGUUGGUAUUAUUCAUUGCAUGGGAGGUGUAUCAAUCACUGCUUCUGCUACGUAAGUGUUUGAUUCAUUGCUUCUUUAUCAAAAGAAGUUGAUUGGUAGGUCUUGUUGCAUGCGUUAAAUGUCCAACAAUGCUUUCCUAUGAGAUGCAUUUGAUUUGGCCUCAGACUGGAAAAAAGAUAAGGCAUUAUGACAGAUAAGGCGAUGAAUGGUUUAGGGAUAAUUUGACCUGACACUGGAUUCUAAGUUUUAACUUUUAUUUUUUUACUUUUAUGUGUUUUACCCAAAAAUUGUGGAUGUCUAAAUGACCAGUGCACAGUAGGACAUUAAGAACAAAUAAAAGGAAAGUGUAAAAACUGGUUGGAGUAAGAAAUAUUUACUUGUGGAAAUAUCUCUUUUGCUCAGGAGUGUAAAAGUUCUAUCAUCCGAUGUCUGGGAUAUGUAGUUCUGGGGGCUGAGAGGCAGUUACUGUACUUUUUUUUUUUUUUUCUGGGCAUGGGCAGCACCACUGGAUGCAGCUGCCCCAGGACCCACAGCCCAGUAGAUAGGCCCUCACACUGUAAGUGGUCAGUGGUCCUUUACCAGCUCAUUGGACUGGACCCUUGUCAAAUUGGCUGUUUCCCAAUAUGGUGGUGUGCUGGCAGCAAGUGUUUACAUGUUAAUUCCACUUGAAACAUAGAGCUGCAGCUUUUAUACGCCCUAACCUCUGUUCAAUGUCACUAAACCCCAACCUGCUUUCUCCUAAUUACCACAGAAAACUCCCACUGGACCCAGUAUAGCCACCCUCCUUAUUCUAAAGGAAUGUAAACAGGAAGAUGGCUAAAAGAAAAUCAACCUGCAUUCACACACCACUUUUAUUAUUACACACCAACAUCCAUACUUGCCACGCUAGAUAAAAAAAAAUACACCUCAUUAGUGGCGGCUAGUGAGAUUUAAAGAUGGUUGGGCUCCACCCAGUUAGUCCCAUGAGAUUCCAUGCCCUGUUCAAAACCAGCUGUUCAAAACAAAACUGUUUAAUGCUAAGUGAAAUGACAGCACCAGGGGACUCCAGACACUAUAACAAGUUCAAUGAGAUGAAGCAGAUAUUGUCCCUUUAAGGCCAAAAUAGCUUACGUGUAAGCAUAGCUGACUUGGAGAUUUUUGUUCCAGUUCUCCUAUUUUGGACUUGAGUUUGGCAUUCACUUUGAAUUCUCAACAAUUCCCACUGUGGAAAAGGAAACUGUGUGUAGGUGUUUGUAGACACAUGGCGCGCACACUAUUGCAUCUCUGGUAUCUCAUUGAAUAUGUUCUUACAAUUCCACAAUGGAAAUUCUUAUCUCCUUUGCAUGUUUUUUACUUUUUUAUUUAUUAAACCCCCUUUACUCCCUACUCGUCAUCUCACCAUCUCCUCUUCUCACGCUAAGCAUUCUUUUUAAUUUCUUUUUGUCAAAUAAAAAUUAUUUAUUAUAUUCAUGGUUUUGUCCAUGUCACCCAUUCUGCAAAUAUCUAUUGGUAUCUAUUAGUUCAGUUCUCUUUAAAAAAAAAAAAAAAAAAAAAAUUGGGGGGGUAUUUGCUGUAGGUGAAAUUGCAAUUCCUUUUUGUAUGUUUUAGAUUCAGAUGUUUUGAAACUGGUUUAGCUUUCGACACUACCCGACAAACAUCUUUGUUUUGUGAUAUUUUUGUGUUCACCACUAGGUGUCACCCUCUGCGUGUGAAUUUUACUAAUAGUCUAGGAGGAGUUUGUUCAUUUUUCUUUUGUCCUCAUUAACUACAGUGCAUUUCUAAUUUAUUUUAUUCUUUUGUUUUGGUUUUUUUACAAUGUAACACAUUCUGUUAUUUAGAGCUUUUUCACCACUCCCCUCUUUAAUACUUUUUGUAUUAUUCAUGUUCAUGAUGCCAUGAAUUUGUACUUUGUAAAACGUUGGUAUUUUGCUGCUGAAUACCUUAAUGACAGGUUACACCUAGAUCAUUCUACUGUAAAUUACUUCCGUAAACACGGUUUUAAGAGCUCUUUGCUAAAGUGUAUUCAUUCACACCAGGGCUGGCCUAAAGCUGUUUAGUAUGGCUUUAAUAUACAAGUAUAUAAGAGCAUACAUAAUGAUUUGUGUUUACUGGAUUAACCUUGUAUUAAAGGAAUGCUAUAGGGUCAGAAACACAAAUCCGUAUUCCUGACCCUAUAUUGUUAAAACCACCAUUUAGGUGGAUUGACCCCUUAGUGUUAAAACUCACAUUAUUUACAGCUCUUCACAGGUCUGCAUAUGCUGGCCAGACAGCACCCUGGACAAUCAGCAUUUCCUCAUAAAGAUGCAUUAAAUUAAUGCAUCUUUAUAAGGAAAGUUCAGCACCUUCAUGCAGAGCUUGGAGACGCUGAACGUCGUUGCUGCGCAUGCACUGCCCAUGGAUGCACCUCUAGCGGCCAUCUAAGAAGUGGCUCAUGGAGGUGUCCCUCGGCUGAAAAGACAGUGUACACACCAAAUAGCCUUCAGGGACUGACUUUACUCACCAAAACAACUACAUUAUGCUUCAGUUGCCCUGGUGACUAUAGUGUCACUUUAACUUGUGUGUGGUUUUGUCAUGUUUUCUGCAUUGUGUUUUUGUACAUGCUCACCUGUAUGUUAUUGUUUCGUGAUUAGUUAUGUAAAAUCCUCUUUAUAUACAUGUUUUGUGUUUAAAGGGACACUCCAGGCACCCAGACCACUAUUGCCCAUUAGAGUGGUCUAGGUGCCAACUCCCACUACUCUUAACCCUGCAACUGUAAUUAUUGCAGUUUUUUUAUAAACUGCAAUAAUUACCUUGCAGGGUUAACUCCACCUCUAGUGGCUGCCUACUAGACAGCCACUAGAGGGCACUUCCUGCUUCAUAGCAAAGAUUUUGUUUGCUAGAGUGUCGCUGGACGUCCUCACGCUGUGUGAGGACCUCCAGCGUCGCUCAGUUCCCCAUAGGAAAGCAUUACCGCGCAUGCGUAUUAGGUUUCCUCAGCCAGCGGGCGGGAUCAGUCUUGCCCACCGGCUGACGUAAUUACUGGGAGGAGCGACACCGACCCGAAACCACCGCCGAGGGACAUCGGCGGGGUCUCAGGUAUGUGAACUGGAGGGGUUUUUACCCCUUCAGCUACCUGGGAUGGGAGGUGGGAGGGAGAGGGGACCUGCAGUGCCAGGAAAACGGAUUGUUUUCCUGGCACUGGAGUUUCCCUUUAAAUGUUUUGUCACUAUGUAAUUGAUCUCCUCUCUGUAAUUAAUUAUUGAUUUAAAUGAUAGUAAUCCCCCUGAUGUAUGAUCUAAAUUCAACAGGAAAAGAAUAACUCACAAGUGCCAAAGUUUCUUUCAGUGCAAUUAAUAGUGAAUAUAGUGAUUGGCAAUGUUUUCCUUUUAAAGGAUCAAAAUAUACAAACAGUCUCUCUCAUGACUCCCUUUUCUAGGCUCUUGCAACCACAAUUCCCUUUCCGUUGGUAUAGAUAUUGUUUGUAUCAUUUUGGGAUUUGGUUUACCAUAGAUUUAGAUCACCUAUAUCAAGAUAAUUUUUCCCCACUGCUGUGGACACUUAUGUCUGAUAUGUUGCUGUGGUUUCCAUUUUUUUUUUUUUCUUGUUUGAAAGAAUGAACUCUGUAAAAGCGCUGACCUUAGCCAGUGCAUGCUCAAUAAAUUUAUCUCCAUGAUGUUAGUCUAGCCAGUUGCUCUUUUACAACCAUUUCUCAGAUUACAACCAUUUCUCAGAUUACAAUCAUGGAAUUUGCGCACACUUGCCAAAGCAGUAGAGCUCUCCAGACACCUGCUCAGAAGUUUAAAAUACAGUACAAUAAAAGUGAUGUUUUCAGUGUAUUACCUAUCUUCCAUAUAGUCUAGUUAAAAUAUUUCAAAAGAGCUUUUGUUUUGUUUUUCUUGUUCUGUUGCUCUCACGCAUGUGUUUUCAAACUUCCCUAGAGAAAGAUAAUCCAGGUUAAAUGGUAAACUGUGUGUGUGUGUGUUUUAAAAAAAAAAAAAAAAAAAGGCUUGGUAGAAACCUUUCAAGGUGUGAUCAAUAAAUUAUCCUUUGGAAAUAAAAAAUAGUGCAAAGAAAAUAAAUAUCUAGAUAUAUAUUGUUAAAGUUUUUUUUCUUUUACAAAUAUAUAUUUAAGGAGAUACUGUAGUGCCAGGAAUACAAAGCUGUAUUCCUGGCACUAUGGCUCCCUGUGCCUCCCCGCCGCGGUCAAUAAAGGAUUAAAAAAACCUUUAUUCUCUUUUCUAAUCCCAGUACCAAUGUCCCUCAGCUGUAUAGUUUCCCCUUUUAAGUGUCUGUAAUGUUUCUGUGCUCCCCAAUUUCCUCUUAAAAAAAUAAAAUAAAAAAAAAAAUAAAAGCAGAUAAUCCCUUACCAGGUAUGUAAAGUUUCAAUUAAUUCUUUAAUGUUUUGUACAUCUUAUGGCCUAACUACAUAAUCGUUAAUAUCAAACUAAGUUGCUAUUUUAAAUUUGGUAUUUCUGUUAGCAUGUAUAGACUUAUUUUCAGUUAAACAUGUUACUCAAAUUAGUAUCAUCUUGUAAUUUAUUGCUCUAUGUUGUAAAUGUAAAUUAUAUGAUGUAAUCACAAAUACCUUGUAUAACUGAAAUGUCAGGAUUACUAUAUGAUCCAGCACGUAGUAUUGUGUCACACAGAUGACUAAUAGGUAACAUAUUACCGGGCCUUAGAAUGUCGGACUAACGUACCAAAAAAUAGUCAGGAUACUAGCUGAGGUCAGGGGACACAGAAUAGGACACAACGAUAAAGGAAAGCCAGAGGUCAGACAUAACAGAAUACAGGGAAGUCAAAGCCAAAGUCAAAAACUAGAAUAAACUUGAAUCAGGAACACGCUCUCGGACAACCAUUAGGGAAACCACGACAGGGCAAUGAGGAAAGGUAAUUUUAGGUUUAAAUACCUGCUUUACCUUCCGAUUGGCUGACAUCGCUCUUUGACCUCAAAAGUGUGUGCGUGCAAUCACAUGAGCGUAUGUGGGGGUAUAAUUAGCCGUGGAUCCGCAGCGGCCGCAAGUGUUAGUCAAGCAGAUGCACGGUGAGGAAGAAUGUUACAUGAAACAGGAAAUCAUGAUGUAUUUGUCAUGCGCUCAUUAGUUGUUUAUGCUCUAAUUUUAUUUAGUUUUGUUUGCAUGAUCAUGAAAUUAUUAAAGGGAUGCUAGUACCAAGAAAACAAAGUUGUUUUCUUGGCACUAUGUCUCCCUAUAGUGCCCACCUCCAACAAGCCCCCUCCCCACCCCCUGUGACACUUACUGGAGACCAGUGCUGAUGUCCCUUGGCACUGGUUCUGGGGAGACCUAAUGCAUGCGUAGCAAUGGCUGCGCUUACACUAGUAUUUCCUCGAUCGGAAAGCAUGUAUAAUGCUUUCCUAUGGGGUUUUACAUGAUGCUGGAUGUCUUCGUGCAUAGCUUGAGGACAUCCUCCAUUAGCUGUCUUGUAUUAAAAACUGCAAUAAUUGCCUUUCCCUUCAAUGAGUGGUCUGUGUGCCUAUAGUGUUCCUUUAAAGUGUUACUACAAGUAUCGUAGAACUACAGCCUGAUAGAUAGAUAGAUAGAUAGAUAUAUAUAUAUAUAUAUAUAUAUAUAUAUAUAUGUAUAUAUAUAUAUAUAUAUAUAUAUAGAAAGACAAAUAGGAUAGCACUCACAGGACUAUGUAAGAAAAAUAAAACUUAACUUUUAAUAGCUUAGUCCAAAAAUCAACGUUUCAGUCUGUUAAUACCAGACUUUCAUCAGGAUUAUGAAAGUCUGGUAUUAACAGACUGAAACGUUGAUUUUUGGACUAAGCUAUUAAAAGUUAAGUUUUAUUUUUCUUACAUAGUCCUGUGAGUGCUAUCCUAUUUGUCUUUCUAUAUUGUGCUGGACAAGCACCGGGCAUUGGAAUUUCUUUGCAAUUGAUGGAGUGCAGGAUCUCUUUUUUUCUUUUAUAUAUAUAUAUAUAUAUAUAUAUAUAUAUAUAUAUAUAUAUAUACACACACACACAGAAAAGCUGCAUUUACAGGGUACUUUCAAAUUUUCAACUUCAAAACACUGAAGUGGUCACGGUGUUUGAAGUAUUCCUUUAACUCAGGAAUGUCCAACCCGUGGCCCUGGACAGCUCCCUCGUGCGCCCUGCAGUGAGCCGGCCGAUACGUCAUCCCGGGACCACUACUGGGCGCGAAGUACUUGUGCAGGCAUAGGUCCUAGCUCAGCAGCAACCGCUAGCCUCCAGGGAUAGAGGAUCCAUUCCAGCCCUCCCAGAGCAAGGUAGGGAGGCUGGGUGGACCUAUUAAGUACUGAGUGUAUGAAUGUAAUUUUUGUGUAUGUUUUGUCUGUAAUUAUGUGUAAGUCAGUGAUUGUGUUUGGAUGUGUGGGAUUGUGUGUAUUGAUGUGUCUGGUUGUGAUUAUGUGUGUGUUUUGUCAUUGUGUGUGUGUGCGCGCGCGUGUGCAUAUUUGUGGUUGCGUGUAUAGGUGUGUGUGUGCGCGCGCAUCUGUGAUUGUGUGUGUGCGCGCGCGCAUCUGUGAAUCUGUGAUUGUGUGUAUGUAUGUAAGUUUGUGUGUGUGUACAUCUGUGAUUAUGGUGAAGUAAUGAUCAGCACUCUCGGACUUUUGUUGAGUUUAAAACUUACAGUUUAUUGAAAUUCCAUUUAAAAGAUCAACGUUUCAGUUCCUAUCUGGAACUUUCAUCAGGAUCAAACAUGCUUUGAUCCUGAUGAAAGUUCCAGAUAGGAACUGAAACGUUGAUCUUUUAAAUGGAAUUUCAAUAAACUGUAAGUUUUAAACUCAACAAAAGUCCGAGAGUGCUGAUCACUACUUCACCAUAUGCAAUUUUUCCCUGGAUUACAAGCACCCGGCUUACAACUGUCUACAAGCGUGAGUGCAAGGAAACCCUGUAUGUUGUACAUCUGUGAUUAUGUAUGUGACUGUGUGUGUGGGUCUUUGUGACUGUGGUUGUGGGUCUGUGAUUAUGUGUGUAUGUAUGUGACUGUAUAUAGGUCUGUGGUUGUAUGUGUGUGUGUAUGUUUGUGAUUGUGUGUAUAGGUCAGUGAUUGUGUACAUGUGUAUUUGUUUAGUAGAUCGCUCUCUAAGUUGGUAUCCUUUAAUAUGGCAAUCCCACAUAAGGAUAACAAAUAAGAGAGUUGUCUAAUAAACAAAUUUAAGAAUAGGGCUUUUGUUGUUUAAUUCUAUAAAUUAUUAUGAUUUUAUGACAUAUAUCUAUUGCACCAAUAUACAAAUAUGGCUCAGAAUGAGUACUUUUACUUUACCAUUCUAAACCCAAUGUAUGCUUAUCUGCUUGCUUGGCUGACCUCAUCAGAAGUGAUUCUCUCUGUUCAGAUAGGAAAGCACUGGAUUGGCUAAGACUGUCAAGGAGGCAGGUCAGGGGCAUUGAAUAAGUAAAGUUUAGUGUUUGCAUGCUGAGGGUGGAGACACUGAAUGACAGCACUGCACACUGUGCAGCACUGCCCCACGAAGCUCAUUUAGUAGCCAUGGUGGAGUGGUCAGUUGGUGUCCUUGGGUAGUAAUGUAAACACUGUAUAUUCUCUGAAAUGUCCAUGUUUACUGCAAAAAGCCUGAAGGCACUGAUUAUACUCACUAGAACAAAUACAAUAAGCUGUAGUUGUUCUGGUGACUAUAGUGUCCCUUUAAAAACUACAAAUAAUGUAUCUAUCUUAAACCUGUAUUAAAGUGAACUGUAAUAUCUACAGUAAAUAGAUGUACAUGACCACUCCAUUAUAAAUAUUUCUUGUAUUUAGCCUUUAGGCUAACAGAAAUGUUAGUGUUUACAUCCUUCAAACUAUGUCUGUUGUACUCUUCCUCAGUCGUAUUUGUCACUUGACACUGAUAAGGAAUGGACAGUCUUGCACCUGCCACCAGUCACUACAUGUGAUCCACUUCUUUAUUAAGAACUUACAAAUGUAAUUAACAGGUCUUCAGUUCCUGUUCUUCCUCUUAAACUGCUUUUGUUCUAAUUACCAUUGACUUGUCAUUUAAAUUAAUAUGUGUGAAUCACAUAAUUUGUAGCUAUUUGAGACAAUUGAAAGAUCUCUUCCUUCUUUCCUUCGGUUAAAUGUUUUUGUUUCCAGUAACUGACAACAUAUGGAGAUAAAGUGACAUGGUGAUUAGGAAUUUCCUUGACUUUUGAGAUACCUUGGUUUUUCCCUAGGGGUGAUUGUAGUUGUGUUUUAUAUGUACAUUAAAAUAUUACUACCUUUUUGAAAUUAGAGGGACAUAAUCACCAGAACCAUUUUAGCUUAAUGUAGUGGUUCUGGUGUCUAUAGUAUGUUUCUGCAGGCUUUUCAAUGUAAAUACUGCUACUUCAGAGAAAAGUUACAUCCCUAGUGACAGUCACUCAAACGUCUACUAGAGGCGUCUCCUAGUUUAGCGUCUCCACACUCUGCGUGGAGCGCGUGUUUUAUUUUUUUACAUUUUUUAUGGCACAUGCCCGCCUACUAGACAGUAAUAAUUUUUUUAUUAAUGUGAAUGACCAGUCAUCACAAUUAACCCUCACACCACUGAGGUGUGUGUUUUUUAAUUGUUUUUGUUUUAUUUAAAAAAUAAAUAAAUAAAAUUUAUUUGCAGUCGCUGCCAGCAGACAAAUAGUUCAGAUUUGUUUUAAAGGACCAUUAUGGUGCCAGGAAAACAAACUCGUUUUCCUGGCACUAUAGUGCUCUGAGGGUGCCCCCACCCUCAGGGUCCCACUCCCGCCGGGCUGAGGGGGGAGGAAGGGGUUAAACACUCACCUUUCUUCAGCACUGGGCUCCCUCGGCUCUGGGGACUCUCCUCCCUCUUCUAAAGUUAUCGGCUGAAGGCGCAUGCGCGGCAAGAGCCGCGUGCAUUCAGCCAGUCCAUAGGAAAGCAUUCUCAAAGUUUUCCUAUGGACGCUGGCAUCUUCUCAGUGUGAAAAUCACAGUGAGAAGUGCGGAAGCGCCUCUAGCGGCUGUCAGUGAGACUGCCACUAGAGGCUGGAUUAACCCUAAAGUACUGUCAAAACCAUAUGUAUAUGUUAAAUCCUAUUCAGCUCCUGAAGUUUAAUAUGUUUCAGCAAUGAGGUCUAUGGAGGAUCUUCCAUAUUUAUUGUGAUGAGUGAAUUAAUACUUAUAACUUGACAAGAACAGAUUGAAACAAGGUAAUAUGGUGCCAGAGCUGCUUUAAAGGUUUGGAUGUUUUCCUGAAUAUUGGUGAUACAAUAGUUUUAUAUUUACUGUAACUUGUUGUUAUGGUGGUUAUGCUACCAAGAGUCCCCUGGCAUAAACAAACUGUUUGAAGCCCUUAGCACUCUAAGCCAGUGAGCGCCUUGCUGUACUCUUUGUCUUAGCUCAGUGCAGAGCUUUCCAGCGGCAGAUGAAGAUGCGGCAGUCCAUAUGGAUUCAAGGUAAGUUUAAAGAUUUGUACAGACUCUGAUAAAACCACAAAUUCCACAACUUUAUUGUUCUUACUGUAAAGAACCCUUUCUUUCGCAUUAAGCUAAAUCUCCCUUCUUCCAGUCUAAACGGGUGACUUUGUGUCUUAUGUAGACUCAUGUCUAGAGUAGAUUUCCAGACAAUGGUUUGUUUUGGCCCCAAAGACUACUUACUCUGAGAGGCAGCCAAAGUCCCCCAGGCACCAUAACCUCUGUAGUGUUUAGGGUGCUUGGAGUGUUCCCUUAAGAAAUAUGGAAAACAGGAAUAAUUGUAUUUAUUUAAUAUAUUUGGGAUGUGUCACACAGAAAGUUGGCUAAAUAUGUAUCCAUUGGUACUUAGUUUACAUUUCAAAAUAGUCUGGUAUAGUCAUUAUAUUUGUUUACUAAAUACCUUAACUAAAAUUAUCUCAAAACAUGUUCCUAAAUAUAGGAUGGCUCGGCUCAGAAGAGUAUGUGUGAUAAUCUGUAUCUGUAGGAUUCAGCAAGCUAUGAGUGUACUGCUUAUUGGACCUUGACAUUGACAUUUACCGAAAUGUAUUCUCAUGUCCAGUGUGUUUGUAUCUUUCGUGGUGUACCACUGACUUUGUGUACUAAGGAUAGGUAUAUAGCAGGGGUGGGCAAUCUGUGGCCCUCCAGAUGUUUUGGACUACAUCUCCCUUGAUGCUUUGCUUGCAUUAUGGCCCUAAGAGCAUUAUGGGAGAUGUAGUCCAAAACAUCUGGAGGGCUGCAGAUUGCCCACCCCUGGUAAAUAGCAUUAUUUUAUACCAUACUCUUAAAGGGCACUCCAGACACCUUCUGUAAAAGAAUACACUUGGUGACGCAUAAAUAAAUCCUCCUGAUUUGAUUUUAUUUCAUGUUAGAUGGAAACCAGGCAUAAUAUUGUCUGCAAAGCAACACCUAGUCUCCAAUUUAUCUCCCCUUAGAAACCUAUUUCUCCUGCAACUUAUAUAAACUGGGAUGGCAAAAUAUUGAGAUGCUGUAAUUUCUGUCACUGUAGAUCCGGUGUGUUCAAAGGGUAUUCAAAUGUAUUGUGCUGUUCAUGUGGCAUGUUUUUAAUAAACAAAUAUGCAACAGCGCAUUGCAUUUCUUACGUAAGAGAUGCUGGACAAUAUUGCUUGUAUUUUUUCACUUUGACUUUUCUAAAACCUAGCACCUUAACUGGUAUUAUUUUCUUUAGGGCUAUAAGAAUAUACCACGCACAUGUUUUUGUUACGUUAUGCAAAUACAUUUAAAAAGCCAGAGUGAGAGAGAGAUUUACAAUUCCUGCUAAUCAUAAACACAUUGAUGAAAGGCAGCUUUAAGCCACAUCCCUAUCCAAAACAAUGACAGAAAGGCAAACACUUAAAAAUAAACAUAGCAACAUGGGGGAGUUUCAGGGCACCUUCCUUGAGUAUACAGAAAGUAAAUUGCACCUGAAAGUUGAAUAAACAUACAGGUAGGUACAUGUCUGUCUACUAGACAAAUUUAAGCAAUUUUUUGUAUCUGAAUGUCUUAUCAUAUUGUGAGUAGUUUAAUACAGUACUGUAUGGUACCAUCGUGGUAUAAUGACAAUAUGGGAACAUUAACUCUUUCAUGACAGUACAGUUUUAACAUUGUUAUGGUGGCGUAGCACGGCCCUAACAAUCAAGUCCUUCCUGCAGCCGGGAUACCUACCCUCCUCGCCUGACAUGGGUGCUGCCUGGGUUGUCAGGCAGAUUCCCAAACAUAUAAAUGAUAAAAUAACAUGUAACAAAAAUUUUUUUAAAUGUAUUAUUAAAUGUGCAUGUAUGGUAAAUACAAUUUGCUCAGCACUUUCCUCUCAUAUUCAUUCAUAUAACUUAAUAUGAGAAUAUUCUGUUUGUAUGUUUCCAUAUUACUUUUACAUAAUUAUGUGCUUUUAUUAAUUAUAUAUUGGGAGACGUGCCUGACAACCCAAGCAGAAUGUUCAGAGAAUUUAAUUUGCAAGUCCAAAUUACAAAUAUGAGUGUUUUUAAAAAAGUUAAAUGUUUAAUGACUAUGAUAUAGUAAUUGAAAGGGAAGUUUAUUUGUGAACAAUGCAAAAAUUAAACAAAUAUGAACACUAACUUUGGCCAGGGUUUGUGACUAAGUGGCUACUAAAACAGCGUAGACCUAUAUAUACCAUUUUGAUUACCCUAGGUUGUCUACUUUUGCAAAUGGUAUGCCAUGUGGUCUCAAAGGCAAAAUAAGUCCAGCAAACCAAUUUGGCAAAUUCUAAUGUGUGAAAACUGAAACUGACAAGCUCUUUAUUUCGAUUUUUUUUACCCUGUAACUUUCCAAAGCCCCAUAAAACCUGUACAUGGGGAUACUGUUGUACUUAACAUUGCUGAACACAAAUAUGUGUAUUUUAUUGCAGUAAAAGCGAACAUUGUAUUAUGAGAUUCACAGUUUAAAUGCCAUACUGAACUUGGAAAAUAACAAAAUAAAGAUCUAUAAUAGGUGUGGGUGCACUUAUUAUAAAAUAGGUAAAUUAUGGGUGAACAGACUUGUAGCUUAAAAUCUGUUUUAUUUUGCUUCAGAACUUUUACAAUUGCCUCCAACCUUAAGAGGUUAAAAAAUUAGCUAAAUGGUAAAUAUGAGAUGAUUAUCCUAAACGCCUAAAACACUGGCCAAAAUUGGCGUUCAAAUUAGUUUUUUGCAUUUUUCACACACAAACAGAUAUGAACACUAACUUUGGCCAGUGUUUGUGACCAAGUGGCUACUAAAAAUGACUGGACAUACCCCAUUUGCAAUACCUCGGGUUGUUUACUUUUGAAAACGGUAUGCCAUCAUGAGGGUAAUUAUCAUUCCUGGGCUACCAUACGGUCUCAAAGGCAACGUAACUAAUCUGGCGAAUUUCAGUGUAAAAAAACUGAAAAAUUUAACGUGCUGUAUUUGACCCUGUAACUUCUCACAACACCAUAAAACCUGUACAUAGUGGGUACUGUUUUACACAUGAGACAUCGCUGAAUACAAAUAUGUGUAUUUUAUUGCAGUAAAAGCAAACCGUAUUAUGACAUUCACAGUUAGAAUGUCAUGUAGAACUAAACAUUUUUUUAAAACUCUUAUUUUCUCCCAUUUUUUUUUUUUUAUAUUUUAUUCAUAUUAAAUUAUGUUUUAUACCUAAAUAUUUGAUGUUAAAUGAAAGCCCUGUUCCCCUGAAUAAAAUGAUAUAUAAUAAGUGUGGGUGCACAUAAUAUGAAAGAGACGAAUGAUGCCUGAACAGACGUAUAGCGCAAAGUUUUUGUUUACGUUUUGAUUUGAUCACAACGUGUACAUUUGGCUCAGUCCUUAAGGGGUUAAAAGUUCUUGGUCUUGUUUUCAGUUUGGAAAUUUUGUCUGUGUAAAAUUUGAAACUCACAUUGAAUUCCUGACGGUUCACACUUUAGUGAAUAACACCGACUAAUGUUACUAUGGAUAUUAUCUUGUUGAUCUAACAAAGUCUGUUUACAAGCUCUGUCAGUGAAAGGGUGUAGGAGAACAUGGGGUAUAUUUAGCCGGUUAUGUUUGUAAUUCCGUUCUCAGGCUACGGGUGUUGUGUGCAGAGUUUUACUACAGUAAAUAUUACAGGGCAGUAUAGCUAAAGUUAUAUCUGUAAUUAAGUGGUAACCGCUUUCCUUUCCUUGACCAGGAAAAGAAAGCAUUCUUUAUGCCUCUUUCUGACAGUGCCAAAUGUUUUUGCUAAAGCUGUGCCAAGUGAACGCAUGUGAGUAUUCAAGUCGUGGCACUGGGCCCAGCAAUGUUACUCUGCUUCAGAGAACAUCAGGCUUCUGCUCUGAGGGAUUAGCCGGUCUAUUUAUGGCAACGCCCUUAUCUGCACCUUGAGCUAUAUAAGCCCUGAGCUGACUAGAACAAUUUUCUUUUCUGUGAUCAGCUGCUUCAGUGAACCUUGUGGUAAGACUCUAAUGUAAACAAGCAGGCUACUUCUUACACAAGUGCCUGCAGUACUUGUCAAGGCAUAGAAACAUGUUUACCUGUGGCCUGUUUAAAUUAGUGUUUAUAUUUUAUUAUAUUGUACACACAAACGUACAGACAAAUUUUCAAAUACUGCCGUGUUAGCGUGUUUUUCUCAUUAUGUCUAUGCGUUCACUUUGUUGGAAAUUAUUUUAUAUUUACUGGCAAUAUCUUAUAACUUUUUUUUUUAAGUGCACAUGUUUUAAGUUAAAAACUGGUGGUUUAUGUUUGAGAAAUUCAUGGAAAUUGAAUAGUACGGCAGCAGUGGGACAGCUCUAAGAUCUGAAAAUAUCAUUGGUUUGUUUGUUAGAAGGGCCAGUGCGUUUUGUAUUCGCAUAUCUACAUUUAGCUUUUCUUCAACAAUCAUAAAAAAGAAAAAUCUGCCAUGUGUCCUACUAUGACUUGCCUUCAAAGGUCAUUUGGCUUAGUUGUUACAUAACUCUAGUCAAGAUAUUAAGCUGUGAUGUCUUUCUUGGCCUUUUAAUGAGCUUCUUGCUACUUGGACUUACUCAGAUAUAUGGAAAGUGAAAGUACUCUAAAAUAGCAUGUUAUCUUUGCAAGAGUGUAAUAAAGAUAAGCAUAAAAGAUCAAACAGGGAAACCAAAUUCACAUCCAAGUUAAAAACGUAAUGAAAAGGUAACAGAGUGAGAAUUUUUGCACAAGUUGUUGUGUUCUUUGUUUUCACGUAGCCUUGUAAACUAAUAUUAUAUGCUACAGGUACUGACAUACAGUUUAAAGAAAGGAAAAGGGCAAGAUAUAGAAACAUCUACAGAUUCCAAAGUCCUUAAUUCAUGGAUUAGAUUGGAUGUGAAAGUCUACAUUUUAUCAUAAUAAUGAAAUAUCAGGAAAAGUGAUAACAUAUCUUUCUCUAGUCUCCGGUGAUACUUCAUGAUUAUUUUCACUGUAUUCAGACACAUAUUCUAGGUUGUUUAGCAUUGGCCUACUUUUUGCGUGUUUGUAAAUGCCUCAUACGAUUACUAAAGAUUCUGAAAUUAGGAAUAUUUUUGGGUAGAUUCCAUCUUGUGGUAGAUGGUGGAAUUGUUUUGUAUUGACCUACAGUAUUUGUGUGAUUCUGCUGUUGGAACUGUACCGUUCUGUAAAUAAUUGAGAAGUAUACUUUGCUGAGCUGAGCACUUUUGUUUGGAGUUACUUGGUAAUAUGACAAUGUAGGCAUAGCACACAGGUGGCAAAGGUUGUAAUUUUCUUUUGAGCUUUAUUUUUGGCCUCAUCAUGAGGUUGUAAUUUAAUCCAAGGUUAUGUACAGCUGAGUAGCAUUCACUAUAGAGAGAUUACAAAGUAUAUGCUAGGUGUGUCAAGGACUUGAUGCGUUUUUUUUCCCUUCUUUCUUUUAUUAUUUACACUGGCAGCCUACUUGCUGAUGGCACAAAGUGUUUUAUACAUACAAUUUAUUUAACUUGUGUACAGGUAUUACAUUGAAAUUGUGCACUCUUACCUUAAAGGGAAACUGUAGGCACCCAGACCAAUUCAUCUAAUUGAAGUAGUCUGGGUGUUGUGACCCUUUUGCACUUAGUGCUACAAUGUUAAACUUAAAUGUUAAUGGCUUCCAGAAACUUUUAGUCCGUUAUCUGACGCUGAACGUCCUCACGAACCUCCAGCGUCAAAUUUUCCCUUAGGAAAGCAUUGAAUGCUUUCCUAUGGGGAGGUCUAAUGCGUGCUCACACGGCUAUUGCCGCGCAUGCGAAAUAAGUCUCUGGGGGCGGGCGAAGCCUGACCCAGUGCUGAGGGACAUCAGCGCUGGAAUCAGGUAAGUGGCUGAUAGGGGUUUUAACCCUAUCAGCACUGCGGGAAGGGGGGGAACGAGGGAGGGGGAUACCUAUUAACCCUGUAGUGCCUGGAAAACAACUUUGUUUUCGUGUCACUCUAGAAUCAUUUUAAGGGGAUAAACUGUUCUCAAACGGUUUAACCCCAUAGGUUGCCUCCAGUUCCCCCAGGUGGAAUUCUCAGUUAUAGGAAGCAUGGGGCCGCUGCUGAAUGGCUAGAGCGGUCAGCUGACGCUGUAAGCCAAUCACUAGCUCCCCAUUGAUAAUUUAUAUAUAUAUAUAUAUAUAUAUAUAUAUAUAUAUAUAUAUAUAUAUAUAUAUAUAUAUAUAUAUAUAUAUAUAUAUAUAUAUCGAAGAGACUGUCUUGCUGCUGGAUUUUUUAAAAUUGUAUUUUUUUAUUUUAACCACUUAACUACAUUAUGUCCUGCAAAACAUAGGCUUUAACAACGUUGUGGCGUAAUGACACAUACUAACAUUUUGGUGCAGGGAUAGUUGACUUCCAUAGGGUUAGCAUUAACUACCAGAGACCAUUUAGGAAUCAGGACUUAAUCUAUUUUUGUUAAUCUAUUUUUGAGAUCUUUUGUUGCACUGUAUGUUAUCUCCCCCUGAAUUGCCCCAUAUUUAAGAUUUUAUUCAAAUUUAACCCCUUAAGGACACAUGACAGGUGUGACAUGUCAUGAUACCCUUUUAUUCCAGAAGUUUGGUCCUUAAGGGGUUAAAGGGAUACUACAGUCACCAAAACCACUUUAGCUUAAUGAAGCAGUUUUGGUGUAUAGACCAUGCCUCUGCAGUUUUACUGCUCAAUUCUAAGUCAUUUAGGAGUUAAAUCACUUUGUUUAUGCAGCCCUAGGCACACCUCCCUGCAUGUGACUUACAGACUUCCUUAAAAACUUCCUGUGAAGACACAUCUAAUAUUUACACUUACUCUAUUGCAAAUUCUGUUUAAUUUUGAAUUUCAUAUCCUCUGCUCUGUUAAUAGCUUGCUAGACCUUGAGGGAGCCUCCUGUAUAUGAUAAAACUUUUUAAGUAAGUUACAUCUGAUUUAAAAUGAAAUCACCAGUGGAAGUAUGGCUAGCGCUGCAAAAACAGAAACAAAAGUGACUUAACUCCUAAAUGGCAGUGACUUCAGCAGUAAAACAUAGAGGCAUGAUCUAUACACAAAAACUGCUUCACUAUAGUGAAACAAACACACAGCGCAAAUUCUAGGUUUUGUUUUGUCAGAGUUUGGACAUUUGACUCUGUCCUUCAGGGGUUAAUAAAGAGUAGGCCCUAACCUAAAAAAAUGAAAGCACAUGCUACUAUUAAAACUUUAUUUCUUUUGCCCUUUGUGUUCUUUUAAGAAGAAUCCCAAAGUUGCACUUCAGCUUCUGUGCUGAAGUGUGUUAAAGGAACAUUAUAGUCCCCUAAAUUAAUUUAGCUAAAUAAAGCAGUUUUAAGGAAUAGAUCAUUCCCCUGCAAAUCCACUGCUCAAUUCACUGUCAUUUAGGAGUUAAAUCACUUUGUUUCUGUUUAUGCAGCCCUAGCCACACCUCCCCUGGCUAUGAUUGACAGAGCCUGCAUGGAAAAAAAAACUGGUUUCACUUUCAAACAGAUAUAAUUUACCUUAAAUAAUUGUAUCUCAAUCUCUAAAUUGAACUUUAAUCACAUACAGGAGGCUCUUGCAGGGUCUAACAAGCUAUUAACAUAGCAGGGGAUAAGAAAAUCUUAAAUAAACAGAACUUGCAAUAAAGAAAGCCUAAAUAGGGCUCUCUUUACAGGAAGUGUUUAUGGAAGGCUGUGCAAGUCACAUGCAGGGAGGUGUGACUAGGGUUCAUAAACAAAGGGAUUUAACUCCUAAAUGGCAGAGGAUUGAGCAGUGAGGCUGCUCUAUACACCAAAACUGCUUCAUUAAGCUAAAGUUGUUCAGGUGACUAUAGUGUCCCUUUAAGGUAAUGAGGAAGUCUUACGUGUCUCAUUUUAUUAAAGUGUGUUUUUUUAAGAGAGCAUUGUAAUAAAAUGUUUUGGGUACACCUGUAUGUUUCAGCCAUACUGUCUAUUUUGAAUAUUUUUUGUUUUUCUGUGGAGUGAGACAUUUUUAUCUUACUGAAGGGAGAGAACCAGCUAGUCCAGUUUAGUGCUUUGGAACACCAGAGAUUGUCAAUCUGACUGGUAGCUUUUGCCUGCAAUUUUCACAACUGGGAGUGUCCGUCUCGGACCUUGUUCCCUUGGCUGUCAGGGUUCGUAUUCUGCACCCAGAGCUGGAACAUGUUACGUAUUAUUUUUAUAGAUAGUGAUCAGAUUUUUUCACAAGAUUUAUUUGUUUAGAGAAACUUCAUUUACAGACAUUAUUUAAAUUUUUAAAAUACCUAUAGCAGUGGUUGAAGCAUGAAUUCCUUUCCUUGUAUGUGUCACCAAAGACUUCUCUUAUAUGAAAUCCAUUAUUAUCCAGGAAUUCUGUGUUGAGUUGUAAGCCAGCAAACAUUUCCUUUAUUACUCGAUUAUAAUUAUUGUAUAAACACCCACCCACCCAAUGUUAAGACACCUUACCUUUUUCCAGUUCAUAAUCUUGAUGUAUUAAUAUAUUAAAGCGUAGCCAAAUGUUAAAUGUAAAAUGCAUUUUAUACAUAGUGUAUGCGUUUAAAAAAAAAUUAAUAAUAAUAAUAAUAAUUACUAAAAUUAAUUUAGUACUGAAUAACCCUCUGUGUAUUUAAAUUCUCGGGAUGAAAAUAUAAUUUUGCCUCUUUAUAAAGACCACACCUUGAAUAUGCUGUGCAAUUUUGGGCGCCUGUUCUAAAGAAAGAUAUCAUGGCACUAGAAAAAGUCCAGAGACGAGCUACAAAAUUGAUAAAAGGAGUGGAGCAUUUUAGUUAAAAGGUUAAACAAACCAUUAUCUGGAAAUCUGUUCAUAAACAGGGCUAUACAUAGGACACAAGGUCACACAUUUAGGCUGGAAGAAAGGAGAUUUCAUCUAUGGCAAAGAAAAGGUGUGUUUUUUUUUUUUUUUUUUUACAGUAAGAGUAAUAAGGAUAUGGAAUUCUCUGCCUGAAGAGGUCGUUUUGUCAGUCAUUACAGACGUUUAAACUGCAAUUGGAUAAAUACUUGCAAAAACAUAACAUACAGGGAUAUAGUUUCUAAUUAGUGGGGUAAUAGCUGCUUGAUCCAAGGAGACAUCUGACUGCUAUUUUGGGGUCAAGAAGGAAUUUUUUUCCUAGUUUGUUGCAAAAUUGGAAGCGCUUUAGACUAGGUUUUUUGCCUUCUUUUGGAUCAACAGCAAAAACAUAUGUGAGGAAGGCUGAACUUGCAAGUCUCUUUUCAGCUAUGUAACUAUGUAACAUUUAUUACAUUUGCAGCCACGUUGGUUUGCACUUUACAGUUACCUGUCCAAUUACUGCUCUACCUAACCUGUCUGCUGCCGUGAUUGCUUUGUGUAAAACAACAUCUGCAGUUAGGUUGAACAACAGAUGGUUAGAUAAACAGUAAAGUCUGACCCAACGUGGCUUCUCAUUCAAGUAAAAAGUGAAAUGUGACAGCCACUAGAGGCGCUUCCGUGAUUCUUGGUGCGAAAAUAACACUGAGAUGAAGCUGACAUCCUAGGAAAGCAUUGAGUAAUGCUUUCCUAUGGGCAGUUUGAAUGCUCGCAUGGCUCUGGCCGCGCAUGUGCAUUCAUAGCUGAUGUUGGCAGGGGGAGGAGAGGUCACCUGCGGCGGGGGAGCCCGGCGCUGGAUUAAGGUAAGUGGCUAAGGGGUUUUAACCCCUUCAGCCCAGCAAGAGGGGGGGGAUCUAAUAAUCCUAUAGUGGUAGGAAAACAAGUUUUUUUGUUUUUUGUUUUUUUUUUGUUUGUUUUUUCCUGGCACUAUAAUGCUCCUUUAAGUUUGUUUUUUGUUGUAUUUUUUUUUUCUUCAUGCAUCCAAAGCUUUCUCAACACUUUAGUGUAGAAAAUGUAAUUUGAGGACACAUCAUUUUUAGAAGGGGAUGGGAGAGAAUAAAAUACAAAAUUAUUUCCACGUUCUGGUUUCUAUUUCCUGUCUUUCUUUAGUGGCCAGCCAUAUAAUUAAUCUUAAAUGACCAUUAUAGGCACCCAGACCACUCCAUUUCAAUGAAGUGGACUGACUGGUGGUCCUGUCCUUUUAGCCUUUCAAUGUAAAACAUUGCUGUUUUGUAGAUACAACCAUGUUUUAAUGGAGGGUUAACACACCUCUAGUGGCUGUCUUUCUGAACAAUAGUUAUAUUGUAGACAUUUCACACUAAGCUUUUUCGCUUUUAAAGCAAGCUUCUGUAUUUGUAUUUUUUAUAUCUGGAAUUAAAAAAAUAAAAUAAAAAAAAAAGCAUUAAACAUGGAUUUAGAGACAAGUUAAGCAACUGAUCAGAUAUACAAUAUAAAGUGAUACAUAUUCUAAGCUGAAGAGACUGACAGAGUGAGCACAUAUGUUAUCAAAUGAUCUUUGAAAUGGUCCUAGACAAACUUGAAAUCCAUGUCCUUUGUUUUGCAUAAGUCUGAAAUAGAUGAUUUUGAAUGUUUUAGCUAAGCCUUAGUAAUGCUGUCAGAGAAAUUUCAAACUGCGGAACAGGCUACUGCUGCACUAAUAAGCCCCUGAGAUGCAAAACAGUUAAAGCUGGGCAUCCUUCUAAUUAGAUCCUAUCUGGGGAUGGACACAAAAGAGCUAUAUGUAAAUUCUGUCAACACAACAGAUAUGCGGCCUGAAAUUUUUUUAUAGGCUCAUCAUAUGGUAACUGCUUGAUUUAUGUAAUCUAAUAUUAUUUAUAUUGUGAAUAUAUUUAUUUUUUAAAAAAAUGCUUACUAUACGUCAGAACUAUUUAUGCUAGACGUUCUGGCAAAUAUUCUUUACAUUGCGUUUAUUAAUUUCAAUUAUUUGAAACAGUUUUUUUUUUUUUUUUUCUCCAGGGCAUCUGUAUUUAUGAUGUUUUGACACAUACAUUUUUGGGAAGUAGAGUGUCAACGUUUAAAAAGAAAGGAAACUUGUAUUUUUUUAAAUUUCUUUUUAUACAUGUUCUUGAUUUCACGCCCAUUAAUCUUUUUAUUUAUUCCCUACCAGAUGCCUGAGUUUCAGAAGAAAACGGUCCACAUAAGGGACCCUGCAAAAGUAGAAGAAAUAAUAUGUGGACUCAUAAAAGGUGGCGCUUCUAAACUCCAGGUAAGUUUUGCCUCAGCUGGGACCUUGAUGUGCCAGUGACCAGAAUCCCUCUUUCUCAUAACUAAUCAAAUAUCAAAUUAAGAUUUGGCUUUGCUGGAGCAAGUAGUAUUUGGUUGAAGAAAGUGAGGGGUCUGGGCAGGAUGUAGCUAAGCUAACUGCCAGAAUUCUUUUGUUCCUUGGAGAAGAAUUGCGAUCAUGGAGGAACAUUUAAAUGUUCAACCUGAAGUCUCACAGGGAAAUUGGGUACAUCAGUGAUUCCCAAACCAGUCCUUAUGACCUACCAUCAAUCCAGGAUUUAUGUAUUUACCAAAAUUCAGCGUCCCCAUGCACAGCGAGGAGACGCUGAACGGCACUGCUGCCUACUGUACAGCACUGAGCCAGGGAGCACCUCCAGUGGCCAUCUGAGGAGUGGCCACUUGAAGGUGUACCUAGGGGAAAUGUAAACACUGCCUUUUUGCCUUUUCUCUGAAAAGGCAGUGUUUGCAUGAAAAUGCCUGAAGGCAGUGAUUGUACUCACCAGAACAACUACAUUAAGCAACUACAUUGUCUCUUGAACAAUAAUACUCCAACAAUAUAUAAAAUCUAAAAACAUUUAUUGGCAUUCAUGUAAUUUGUCACAUUCCUGUUGCAGGUAAUAACAGAUUUUGAUAUGACAUUAAGUAGGUUUUCCCACAAUGGAAAAAGAUGCCCAACUUGUCACAGUAAGUAUUUUAUUUACUUAUUUAACAAAGUUAAGUUUAAUUUAGUGCAUUCAGACUUUAAAGUUACUUAGAUAUUGUUAUGUGCAUUUGUCUGCCACAGCACAUUUUGUUUUUGAUCAUUUAUCCUGCUGUUAUAUGUACUAUUGUGAGACCACCAGGUUUUUCUCCAUUCUCGGCAGUGUUGUAUAUUUUGGCUCAUUUGUUUUAAACUAAGGUCUGCCUUAAUCAAAAGGGUAAUCCAGAUGUCGACUCCUUGCCCACUGUACCUAAAUGAGUAUAAGCUAUAACUAAGCUAAGAUCAGCUGUAGUACCUUUUGAAGCAACAGGAGGAAACACUGAUCAUCUGGCAAGAGGACUGGUAAAGUGUAUUGAAGCCUCAUCUAAUACCCAUGGCUGCAUACCACCCAACUUAAGUGAGAUAAAAGGAGGCGGACCAGUGGCACAAUUGCGUCACUUGCUCUCCCAAAAGGGGGUGGAUCUCCUCCUAGAAUUGAUAGGUCACCCUGGUGUGAAGGCAAAACAUACUGCCUGCCAAUAAAGUAGGCUGGCACACAUAAAGCAGGUAGCAGUGUUUCAGUACACUAUGCAGCGUCCUGGUGCCCUGAGCAUAGCGCAAGCUCAUCUAAUAUUGCAUGUGCACCAGAGAAGUAAUUGAGAAAGUUGGACAGGACUCACUAAUUUGGACUUUUCAGACAAAACUAAGAUGGUUGCGAGACCUGAGGCUGUUCCUCUUGUAAUGCAUUUCCUUCUCAUGCUCAAAUUCUGAAAUCUGCACUGCUGAAGAUGCAUGAGCUGUUGGAGCACCUUCAGAUUCUUCUGAAGCACUUUUCAACUACAUUCACCUUUGUGUUAACUAGGAGAGGUUUUUUAUUUACUUAUUUUUACAUUGUCUAGUGUAUUCCAUGAGGGAUAUAUUAAUAUGUUGAUGUAUAGUUUACAUGCAAGUGCGUUUAAUUUAGUUUGACUCUGAGAAUGCUACACUGUGGCCAAGAAUUUAAUAUUCUACCCUGAACAAUGGACACUUUUAGUUAGAGGGGGUUCGUGGGGCGUUGUGGGCUGGGGCGAUGACCUCUCCCCCCUCUCCUUUUUUUUUUUUUUCUUUCUCUUUCUCUUCUUUCCUUUCUUUCUCUUCCUCCUUUCUCACACUUUUCACUCCCUGCCCCCCCCCCUUUCCCUCAUCUUCUAACUAACCCAACCCUAACACUCAGAACCCACUCCUCCAUGUCUGCUAACGUAGACCACAAGAUAUCACAGGACAACCCCUGACAGACCAGACCGACCUACCCCAUAGACUUAACCCCACGCCUACGCGUCACACACUAACAAUAGACAGAGGAUGAUCCACAGGUGACACCCAGUAAACCCUGAGACACAACAAGCACUCACUCCACACAAACCUAAUCACCUGCCAGAAAAACCACACCACAACAAUGGAACGAUACACCAUUCAACACUACACAAAAAAACGCAUGCCCUAACCCACGUCAUUGACAACGAGCCUAAUUAUCAACAUGAAUAUGUCGAAAAACGAGCUGUAACUAAACCACAAAAUAAGUACUAGACAUAUGAACACUCCCCUGCGUGGGAAUCCCAUUAAAUAUGCCGAUCUCAACAGCAUCAGAGAUCACACAUAAUAAGCCUCUGCGAAGGCAAAUGUCAAAUUUACACUGAUAUACUGCUUCUGCAGGUCAUAUCUCUUGUCAAACAUAUAAGUCUUAGGUUGCUAUGAUGCACAUGUCAAUGGAUCUUGCUUGCAUUAAUUCAGGAUUCUCCUUUUUUAUGUAAUUAUUCUGAUAUACAAAUUGUAUAGAUUCUAAUUUACACCCACUAUGACAAGAAAAGAACAAGAAUGUGUUUAUUUUUUAAAGAACAUUUUUUAUAUAUAUAUAUAUAUAUACACACACAUAUAUAUAUAUAUAUAUAUAUAUAUAUAUAUAUAUAUAUAUAUGUGUGUGUAUAUAUAUAUAUAUAUAUAAAUAAAUAGAAUUGUGUUAAUUGUAUUAUUUUAUUCUCUUUAACCAUAACAGAUGUUAUUGACAACUGCAAAUUUGUAACCGAUGAAUGUCGAAAAAAGGUUUGUCAUUUAUCUGAAAGUACUCUAGAGUUGUUUACAUUAUACUGCACUGAAAAAUAUAUAUGCAAUUUGAUAUAUAACAACAAAUAAAACAAAAGAGCCUGUAAAUAUUGGAAACAGCAUUGUCUUCUCCAGUAUAUCUUCACAGCUGCGUAAAUGUUUUAUUGAAAAUGAAAAUGUGCCCUGAAAAUUGUAACCAGGGAAUGUGAACUACUAUCUUACCCCCAAAAAACUGCUAUCUUACUUCUAAUGGACAAGUCAUAUGUUCAAUGCAGUAAUGCUUACAUUAAUCAGAGAAGUGCCCUAUUAUGUUGUGUAGUUACACUAACAAAUAAGUUUAGCUGAGUCUGUUUUUCCUUAUGAUACAUUAUUGUUUUUAGGUAGAAUUUAUUGUAAUAACUAAAACAAAUCUUAUUCUACCUCUUUCUAUGCCUUUUCUGCACUGAUCCAUACAAAGCUUUGGUUGUUAGGCUAUUGAACAGUAUAUUUUACUGUAUGUGUGUGUGUGUGUGUGUGUGUGUGUGUGUGUAUAUAUAUAUAUGUAUAUAUAUAUAUAUAUAUAUAUAUAUAUAUAUAUAUAUAUAUAUAUAUAUAUAUAUAUAUUCCUCCUUUAGUGGUUACUCCAAUGGAUUUUUAUUAACAAUUUAGUAGGUAUACCCCCAAUAAAAAUACGCAUUCGUUUGCAGUGUUUGCAAGCCCUCCCCUUUUUCUUCAGCAUAGUCUUUCUGUGGUUGUCUAAUCAGACUUUCCGAUGCAGCUCAGUCUUCACAAGGCAGGUGCUCAGGGCAAUUGCCUGCCUCUUGAGCUUAGCUCCCCCGAACUAGACAACCCAGGAAGUAGCAGGACCAGUUGUCGGACAUCCAGUGGGUACAACCAGGUUAAUAUAUAAAAGUGCCAGUUUCUAUUGAAAUCUGUACUUUAUGUAAAACUUUAAAUAAAAGAAAACUUACUCUUCACACCUAAAGCACUUAAAGGACCACUAUAGUGCCAGGAAAACAUACUCGUUUUCCUCCCACUUUAGUGCCCUCAGGGUCCCCCUCCCGCUGGGCUCUGGGGAGAGGAAGGGGUUAAAAUCUUACCUUUCUCCAGCGCCGGGCGGGGCACUCUCCUCCUCCUCUCCUCCUUCAUAGCGACGUACAAUGCUUUCCUAUGGACGCUGGAGUCUUCUCACUGUGAUUUUCACAGUGAGAAGCACGCAAGCGCCUCUAGCGGCUGUCAAUGAGACAGCCACUAGAGGCUGGCUUAACCAUAUUAUAAACAUAGCAGUUUCUCUGAAACUGCUAUGUUUAUAAAAAAAAAAAAAAAAAAAGGGGGGGUUAACCCUAGCUGGACCUGGCACCCAGACCACUUCAUUAAGCUGAAGUGGUCUGGGUGCCUAUAGUGGUCCUUUAAGCAAAUUAAAGAGCUGUAACUUCAUAUUGUAUCUAAAUACUUUUUUUUUUGUUUGUUUUCUCUGGAUGAUGAACAGAGAAAAGCUAUCUAUAUUUACGGAUACAUUUAUUUUCAUCUGUGAGUUUGUGGUACCUGGCAAUUUAUAACCAUUGCGGUGUUGCACAUCCUUUCUCGAAUUGAAUUUAUCACAAGUAAUGGAUUCUUAUGGAUUGUGACCACAUUGAAGGAGCACUAUAGGGUCAGGAACACAAACCUGUAUUCCUGACCCCAUAGGGUUAAAACCACCAUCUAGCCACCCUGGUCCCCUCAUGCCUCCCUAAAUAUUGUAAAAUCUUACUUGUAUUCAAGCCUGGAGCUGCUUGCAUUGUCACUGUUUCCUUUAGACCUGCCUGCUGACAUCAGCAGAAGUGGUAGCCUGAUCCACUCAUGCUCCCCCAUAGGAUUGGCUGAGACUGACAAAGAGGCAGAUCAGGGGCAUAGCCAGCACAAUUUAAACACAGCCCUGGCCAAUCAGCAUCUCCUCAUAGGGAUGAAUUGAAUCAAUCCAUCUCUAUGAUGAAAGUUCAGUGUCUGCAUGCAGAGGGAGGAGAUACUGAAUGUUUGGAUGCAUUUUAGGCAGCAAUGACCAAGGAAGGAUCUCUAACAGCUAUCUGAGGAGUGGCCAGUGAAGUUAUCAUUAGGCUGUAAUGUAAACACUGCAUUUUCUCUGAAACAAACAGUGUUUACAACAAAAAGCCUGAGAGUAAUGAUUCUACUCACCAGAACAAAUUCAAUAAGCUGUAGUUGUUCUGGUGACUAUAGUGUCCCUCUAAUAAGAAGAUGUUUAACGGAUAAAUUCAUUUUCAUCUGUGUGUUCACAGUCCACAAAAGUCAACCACUUAAGAAAAAAUAUUUCCUCACAAGUCACUGUUUAGGGAUAAUCACUUGAAGUGUGAGUAGUUGUCAAAUAUAUUUAAUAUUGUAACAUGAUUGGGUUUACUCCCCUUUAAAAAGGUCUUUAGAUUCUAUUCACUAAACUGAGAAUUUCAAACUUUAGCCAAAAGCAUUUGACCUGGAAAAUAGCACUGACACUGGAAAAUGUGCUCAGUUUGACUCUUUUUAGUGUAAAAUUUGCCUUAGCCUGGGUCAGUUUUCCACAAUUCCAAUUUUAUUUGAUGAACCCCAAUGUUUCUUUUUUGAUCUUACAAUUUAUCCUUUCUAACCAGUGUGCAUAAAAGUAGUCAACAGGCUCUACAAUUAACACCAGCUACUAGAGUAGUUUAUCCUAAUUCAAACUAUAUAUCAACACAAUAAAGUAACUAACUGCAAGUUAGUAUUAAAUAAAUUGCUUUAACAUAUCUAUAUGAAUGGCACAUGUUGUGCCUUUUUUGUUUUUCAGUUAUUUCAGCUAAAAGAAAAAUAUUAUGCUAUUGAAAUUGAUCCAAAUCUUACAAUCAAAGAAAAAUACCCAUACAUGGUGGAAUGGUAAGUUUAACCAUUAACCAUAUAUAUAUAUAUCUCCGUAAACAUUUCAGAGCCAGAUUGCUUCACAUUUUACAUUGCAAUAUAUAAUAAAAUCAUUCUCUUGUUUUCUAAACAUAAGUAAAAUAAGUAAUACAAAAAUUGUAAAAUUAUUCAUAAUCAACUCUUGAUAUUAAUUUGCUGGGGAUUAGAAUAUGAAAACAGAACCACAGUUUAGUAAACUUCCACUAUACCAAAUGAUGGAGACCAUAUUUAUGUUGGUUUCAUUAGAAAAGUAACUCGUAAAAUUAUCUUGGAGAGUGAUAACAUUUUGAUUAAAACAGCCAGCCAAAAAUAGCACUUGUUGACAAAUCCUGUUAUUUGGUGUUUAGUGAAUAAACUAGAUUGUUCCCUAAAAGAAAUUAGUACAUGUAACUUGAAUGCUCAACUAAACUAAGAUUUUACAAAACCCCUACGUCAGACUCUUCCUAUUAUCAUAGCAGCUUGCUUUGACGAAGGUUUUGUCUCAGUAAACCAUUUAUAUUGCGUAGAUGCUUGGGGCCCAGCAUAACCAUUUGGUACCCACAGAAAAUAACAUAGGUGCUCAGUUGGUAUCCUAACCAAGGGUUAAAAACGACUGCAUUAGUCUUUUUGAGACUAGUUCUGUAUAUAUCAUACAUGGAGGCUAUCUUUCUUUAAAUGCAGAAGGGAAUUGGGGUCACACCCGGACCAUGCAUCUUGCAGGAAUGGUGCUGUCAUAGUGACCAAAAUGUAUACACCAUAUAGAUAAAGUAACAGCGCAUUCAAAAAUUUAAAUUCUAAAUUCUGUAAGGCUACCUAAACUCGUCUAUGUCAGCAAACAAGUAUGGGGAUUCAGUUCCACCAUAUAGCCAUAUGUAGCUUUUAUUGGGGUACUGUGAAGUAGUGGUUGGCUUAUCACAAUAUGGCCAUAUGGGGUGUUGAAUCCCCAUAUUUGUUUGCUGAGAUAGGUAAUUUAGAUUUUUUUUAUUAAUAAAUAUAUAUAUAUAUUUUUUUUUUUAUAUAUAUAUAUAUAUAUAUAUAUAUAUAUAUAUAUAUAUUUUUUUUGCUGUGCAAUGUUAUACAACAUGCUUGAGGGGACCCAACAGCAUUCCACAAGCUAAUCAACAUAUAUACAUAACAGUGGGACACAUGGAAAAAACAUGCACAAUUUUAUAAUUAAGAACUUGUCAGGCUUUCACGUCAUAGCUAUAUGUAAGCAUGAUAAUAGAUAAGAUGGUAGGGUAUCUAGACACGUAACUCAGCAGGAACAUGUUAUAAGCAAGAACUUGUUAGGGUUUCACAUCUCUGAUUUAUAUAUAGUAUGCUAGUGGAUAGAGUGACAGGCUAGCUAGGUUUGUAAAUAAACAUGAAUAUUACGAGCUGUGUAACAUGUGAAAACGAAGUAAUGGCACCAGGUCCCCUACUCCCCCUAAAGCGUCAUGCACACAGUCCUUUUUCCCUGCUAUAAGGACGUUGAUGCCAGAAUCAGUCGUUCAUUCAAUGCUUCGCAUAGGUUUCCUCCGUCGGACACUCCAUGCAUUCAAUAUGGCAGCUUGUGUGCGGUGAGCCAAAGCCUGCUAUUCCGCUUAUGUGAGAGAUGCUUUGUGGUUGGUCCCCUGAUGGCCUCCAUCCCAGGGGGGUGCUUCGUAGGUGCAACUGGAGCUUGCAGACUAGCUGUGCCCGGAUUUGCCCUGGGCUCCCUUUGUCUGCCACCCCUACAUACCGCUUCAUUUGUCAGAAUUGGAACUUGUCUCACAGCCAAGGUGUCCCAGAAUUGUAGGAAGAUUUCAUUGAAUUUCUGCAUGGACCGUUCUACAGCGUUCUGGUGUGACUGUACAUGCUGCGUGGGAGGCUUACAGGAACAUGGCGUGUCUGCCAUUUUGGUCAGGGUUGCUGUGAUGGUAGAGUGAGCUGUGUGCGUCUGCAGGUUGGUGUCUGGGUGAGUAUAGGCUGGUGGGGACCGGGAUGACCCCUGCUGGUCCAAAGGGGUAGCUUUGUCCACAGAUAGGAAGCCUUGGCUUGCAGUUCGGGAGAUCCCCCUUACCGGUAUCCCAGGGCAGCCCCCUCUGUGGCUCGCCCUGGAGGGUUCUGCUCUGCUGCUCGGGUCUGUGUGAGUCAGUAAAGGGCAUUUCGGUGCGCCUUGAGUGGGCUGUGAGUGCUUAAUAUGCAAGCUGUAGCAGGAGCUCUCUCACAACACCACCGUCCGCAAUGCGGUUCAGGCCCAGCCUCUAAAUUUGUAUUUUGAGUUUACUGUUCCUUAAUCUGUAUUAUGGACUUUGAAUGCCACUUGCAAAAUACAUCUCUUAAAAUUAUAAUAAUAAAUAUAAAUAUCUUGACUAUAUCUCUCUUUAGAAAAAAGAAAAAAAGCAUUUUAAAACAGAUGCACAAUAUCUCUACUUUUGUUAAAACAUACUUUCUAAUUUUAAGUCAAAUAGGCAAUGCCACUCACUAUGAAAUUGCUUUACUUGUAACUCUGGCUCAUUGUGCAUUGAAUAUUUGUGAUUUGCUAAAAUCUGCUGCUUGCAAGACAGGCCUUGUUUUUAUAAGUAUACCAAUAGAAAGAAUAUAGUCCACAUGUUAUGUGAAUAUAGUGCAUUUUCCCCACAUUCAUUUCUUCUGGUUUCAGGUAUACAAAGUCACACGCGUUACUCAUCGAACAGCGUCUGCGAAAGGACAAAUUACCAGAGAUUAUUAGAGAAUCUGACGUCCUGCUCAAGUAUGCAUUUAUUCCGUUUCUUUCUGUUCAAUAUGGCUAUCAUACUACUAUAUCAGCCAUUGUGGUUCAGCUCUUUUUUUUUUCUUUUUUCUUUUUUCUCGUCUUCAGAUGCUGCUUUUUUUUCUUUUCUUCUUUUUUAAUGCCACAAGUUGGAAUCUUACAUUAUUUGUAUCAUUACAUUAUGACAUUUUUGGUUGUACUUUUAAAAUGUGCUCUCCGUUUUUAAUUUAUCUUUUUCAGGGAAGGGUAUGAAGCAUUCUUUGAUAAACUCAAUGAUCACAACAUACCUGUGUUCAUUUUCUCAGCGGGUCUUGGAGACGUAUUAGAAGAAGUUAUACGUCAAUCUGGAGUCUACCACCCAAACGUUAAAGUUGUGUCCAACUUUAUGGAUUUUGAUGAAAAUGUAAGUUCGGUUAUAGUAAUUUAAAAAGUAAGGAAGCGUACAUUUCUGAAUGUACUUUAGACACAUAAAAAAUGGAGGUGGUCCAGUUUGGGAUUUUGGGCAAAAGGCUAUACAUUUUAUUCUUGUUUUUUUUUAUUUAUUUUUUUUAUUAUUAUUAUUAUAUAUAUAUUUUUUUUAAUAUGCAGUUUUCAUAUGAAUAAUCUGUUGAUUAUUACAGAAAAAAUACAUUGUUGAAUAUAAGCUAAAAGGAACGCUAUAGGGUCAGGAACAAAAACAUACAAUCACUAUAAGCUUAUUUGUAUAACAAAAAAAGUAUACAUUUUUUUCCCUAUUUUUAAUUGUGUUAGGGCUUUAUUUCAUAUCUUAUAUGUAUACCUUUCUGCCCUUUAAGAAAAGAAAUAAAAAAGACUGAAAUCCCUGAAUUACGGUUACAAACACAUAGUACAGAUUCUAGGUUUUGUUUGGUUCACAUGCAUGAUCGUUGCCUCCUUCUUUAAGGGAUUGAACAUGUAAUACCAUCACCUCAUAGUAAGCUUAAUAAGAAUACUGCUCCUCAGAUGCAAUUAUCAGUCAUACAAACCUCACACACAGUAAAUAUACUUAAACAAGGAUAUAGGUGCUUGUGUUUAGUCUUAGUUAACAACAUAAAUAGUAAUGGCAUGAAAGAUAAAUACUACUACUACUACAUGGUAUACGUACUAAAUCCGUUAACUGCUCUAUUUUUUAUAGGAAAUAAAUACAAUGAUCAUUGCAUAGAUAGAAAUAUGUAAAAGUAUCCAUCCAUCACAUUUCUGGUAAAUGUUAUCUGUCUGCAUACCAGGCACCCCCUCCCCCCCUCUUCCCCCCCCACCUGUACUUUUUAUUUUAUCUUUCUACUUUACACAUCCACAUUAAAGCAUUAUACAUAUAUAUUAACAUGCAUUGCUUUCUUUACAGGGUGUUGUAAAUGGAUUUAAAGGAGAAUUAAUACAUAUCUACAACAAACAUGAUGAUGCUUUGAAGAAUACAGAGUAUUUCAGCCAUUUGAGAGAUAACAGCAAUAUAAUUCUGCUGGGAGAUUCAUUAGGGGAUUUAACUAUGGCAGAUGGAGUUCCAAAUGUGGAAAACAUCCUCAAAAUAGGAUACCUUAAUGAUAAAGUAAGAUUUUUCUCAUAUCUUUCUAACCAAUGAUAUAUUUUUCUAUUCUAACCAUGAACUCUGAAACCAUGGACAGCAAACGCGUGGUCUUCUAUAGACUCCUGUUUUAUACUGUUAUGCAUGCGCUGAAGUAGUGCUGCAGCUUCCAGCUUGCUAGGAAGAAGAUGGUGGUGCUAAGGGAAGGGAAACAUGAAAUAAGUAAAUCUCCUCUCCCCUAUUUUUUAAGGCUUGUUGUACGUGCAAGAUAACAGGUCAGUUUUAACGGAGAUUACUUAGUUUGUAUGCAUGAAAUGCCAAUAUAUAUUGAUUUCAAAACUUUUUUCUCAAAGUGCUAUUUUGGUAACAUAAGUGAUUUAAUUAUGGAUUUUUUAUUUUUUUAUUUUCUUCUUCAGGUAGAAGAAUUGUUAGAAAAAUACAUGGACUCCUAUGAUAUAGUCUUGGUCAAGGAUGAAACUUUAGAUGUGGCCAACUCAAUCAUACAGAAGAUUCUGUAAAAUACAUUUGGCCAAAACACUAGCUUCAUUUGGACAUCUAAAAAAUUGCAUAUGGAAAAAAAUUUAACUCGUUUAGAGAAUUCUGUUUUAUAUCUUUAUUUAAGUAUAUUUAAUGUAGCCAUUUUGAAAUUUGAAAGCACCUUACUUUCCAGUAUUUUGUGGUUUGUAAAGUAACUUCAUCUUUUUGUAUGUUUUGUUGUUUUAAUUUUAUGAAAUCUGUGCAUUGCCUUCUGUCUAUAUUUACAGUUUGGAUAGAUGCAAAAGCAUCUAACCUGAAAACAGAAUGAGUUUCAUUCUACCUCCAAAAGUAUGAAGAUGGAAGUGAUAAUGUCUUUUCACUGGCACUUUAGGUGUUGUUUGUGUAUUUUCCAAAGGCCAAAUAUUGUGCAUGUUUAAAGUGCAGUGUGUAUGUGUUAAAAGCUAUGCAAUAAAACUAUACAAAUUCUGUA